UACGAACAAAUAUAUACUCUAUGUUGGAGCUGCAUGGGUUAUAAUCGGGUGUGGUAAAAAAAAGCUCGUGCGUACCGCGGCCGGAAUGUCUUUCAGUUUUCGUGAUCAAGUUAUUUCAAAUUCGACUUCCACACGCGUCGGACGCCCUCGCCGCCCAUAUUCUGUAACAUCAUAAGUUUUCCGAAACUGUUUCUCGUAAACUUCGAAAAAAAUAUUGUUUAUUUAAAUCAAGUAGAUUUGUGAGUUACCGUGUUUAACAUCCAUUAAGACAGUGUACAAUUGUGUUAUAUUUUGUUGGUAUGAUUCAUAAACGAAUUAUUUUUCGAGGUAAAAAGAUGUGAAACUGUGGCCAUGGAAGACGGCUGUGGAGACUGCGGCCUGGGAGCGGCUCUGAACGACACGGGAUAUUACAAUGAGACAAGAAAUGUCACAGCCAUCGAUAAGUUUUAUUUUUAUCAGAGUGCUCAAGUGGCUGUGCUGUGGGUGUUGUUGGUAGCGAUCGUGGCAGGAAACGCCACGGUGGUGUUGGCGCUGUGUUUGACGAAAUCUCGUAAAAGUAGAAUGAACUUCUUCAUCAUGCAGCUGGCUGUAGCAGAUUUAUGGGUGGGACUGAUAAGUGUUCUACCAGAUUUAAUUCAGCGCAUAACAAUUUCAUGGUUAGCUGGAUCUGUGGUCUGCAAGCUGAUGAAGUAUUUACAGGGUGUCGUAACGUAUUCCUCUACCUACGUGCUGGUCGCUCUCAGCGUGGACAGAUGCGAUGCUAUCACACAUCCAAUGAACUUCACCGGAAGCUGGCGGAGAGCGCGGGCGCUUGUAGUCGGCGCAUGGUUUCUUAGUUUCCUGUUUUGCGCUCCGAUGUUGUUUUUAUUUGACGAAGCUGACAUAGAAGGAACCCCUCAAUGCUGGUCGUCCAUUAAUGAGCUUCAGUGGCGUAUCUGGAUGACGAGCGUGUUCCUGUCCCUGUUUGUGGCGCCCGCAGUCACCAUCUCCGCGUGUUAUGGUGUCAUCGUCGUAACCAUCAGGCAGAAGAGUCACAGGGUACUCGGGAAAAGAACUGCCGCCAGGCAAUAUAGUGACGACCUUGACAGUCGACGAGCUAGCAGCCGCGGGAUAAUACCAAAAGCGAAAAUAAAGACUGUCAAGAUGACCUUCGUGAUUGUAUUCGUGUUCGUGCUGUGCUGGUCUCCUUAUAUGAUAUUCGACCUGCUGCAAGUGUACGGCUACGUCCCGGACACUCAGGCCAACAUAGCCAUCGCCUCUCUCAUCCAAAGCCUCGCACCGCUGAACUCGGCCGCUAACCCAGUUAUUUAUUUCAUAUUCUCCAAUAGAAUAUUUAUUAGUCUACGGAACAUUCCUCCCUACAAGUGGCUCUGGUGUUGGAUGAAGACCGGUGAAACAACGACCGAGUCCAAAGCCCACACUGAACUCCUCACCUCCUCACACCGAAAAACAAGACACGACCUCACGAUCCGAGUUAAAAAUGACAGCUUGAGGGAGCAGAAGCAGAGGCUUCAUCAGUGUAACAGUUCCCGGAAGGUUCGUCUCCACCUGCCGGGACAGGCCAUCAACAAUAACGUGCCACAAGCACGACGUGCUGACACCUUCUUAUAAUUAUACUGUAUACAAUAAGGCCACCGAGAAGAGAUAUAAUUUAUAAACAAACUUUAAGCGGUUUAAUACGAAUCCAAAAAAUCUCAAGAUAAAAAUAAAAACAAUACGAUAACUCAGUUUUCAUGGCUCUCAUUAAAAGGUAUUGAUGUUUGUUUUGGAAACAGAUUAAUAUAAAGUUUAAAUUCCAAAAUUAAAAUAUAUACCGUCCUUGAUAGAUGAUCUUUUUUUAUAUUUUUACUUUGAUAUGUAAAGCAAAUAAUGCUAGUGCAAAUCCAAAGUCGUUUGUAAGAUAGAAUCAUUCGUGUUUGUCGUGUAACAAGUCACCUUUUUUGGUUAUUUUUUAUGAGGAAGGGACACAAGGGUGGAGAAAAAAAAUAGACAAAACUCUAACAUUGUAAAUCAUUCACUUUAGUCUUCAUAAGACGACUUUAUAUCUGUUGUAUGAAUGUAUAUAAUUAUAUUUAGAAUAAAAAAGGCAUGUUUUGUACUUAACUUUCAUACGAUUCAACGCUAUACAGCCGUAUGAGUAUACAAUUUUAUAAGGUCGUUGUUUUAUUGUAUGUGUUCGUAACAUAAAAGACAACUUCCCGAUCAAGGAAGUUUGUUAUCAGAACAUGAAAACUACGAAAUGAACACUCACCAAAGAAAUGUCUUAGUUAAUCGUUUUGUAAUGUGCAUGUCAACGUAAUGUUUUACUUAAAGUAAAUUAAACAUAAUACAGGGAUUAAGAAGUCAUUACAGCCGUUUACGCUGCGAGCGAGGGAGAUCUCUUGUACCAAAAUAUGUAAACGAAAUUAAAUUAUUUGAAUUAUAUGAAUAAGUAUUUAAGACCUUAGAUUUACUGGUUUAAUGACAGUGUUUCAAAUAUUUCUGUAUUAAUUUCUAGUGAGGCUCAAAGAAAACUUGAAGUGUACAUUACGAAGAGUAAGAUUUCAUUAGCACGUAUUGUAAAAUUUUCAACUGUUUAUAAAAAAAAAUAUUUUCAAACCGUCGAUGUUAAGUAUUCGAUUGAAGCAACUAUCAAUGGUUACUAUAACGCACACUAGCCUCCACACUCUGAUCUUGUAAAGGCGGUUACAGACUCUGUCUAGUAUAAAAUGUUCAAUGAUUUCUUCGUCUUCUCUGUACACUUGUUACGAUCUUAAUAUAAAGACAUAAUAAAGACAUUCUUAAGUGUACGUAUAGAUGUUAGUCUGCAAAACAAACGCGCCAAAUGACGAGUUAAACUCAGGUCAUUUCGAAUAUGUCAUUUUAAAUGUUGAUUGAAUUUAUUAGGAUAUGAAUUCAUAACAUAACAUUUUUAUUUUAUACUAUUUUUAAGAUUAUUUAAUAAAUGUACGAAAUUGUGA